GCUCUCUCUCUCUCUGCAAACUGAUCACCAUGGAAGUUGUUGGAGAGGUUGUUCUUUCUGUGUCCCUUGAAAUCUUGUUCAACAAGCUGGCCUCCUCUGAUUUGUGGAAGUACGCGCGCCAAGAGCAAGUCCACACUGAGCUCAAGAAAUGGAAGACGAAACUGUUGGAGAUUCGUGAAGUGCUCGACGAUGCUGAGGACAAGCAGAUCACCAAGCAGUCCGUGAAAGCAUGGCUGGGUGAUCUCAGGGAUUUGGCUUAUGACAUGGAGGACAUCUUCGACGAGUUCUCCUACGAAGCUUUGCGAAGAAAGCUGAUAGCUGAAGUUGAUGGUGAGGCUAGCACAAGCAAGGUACGCAAGUUUAUCCCUACUUGUUGUACUACUUUCACUCCUAUUGGUUGUAUGCGUAAUGUUAAGAUGGGGUCCAAGAUAAAGGACAUCACUACCCGAUUGGAAGCUAUUUAUGCCCAAAAGGCUGAGCUUGGUUUAGACAAGGUGGCUGCUAUAACCCAGUCUACUUGGGAAAGGCCACUCACUACAUCUCUAGUAUACGAACCUUGGGUUUAUGGCAGGGAUGCUGAUAAACAGAUUAUAAUCGAUAUGCUGCUUAGGGAUGAGCCCAUUGAAACCAAUGUUUCUGUAAUUUCCAUCGUGGCCAUGGGUGGUAUGGGCAAGACCACACUAGCAAGGUUGGUGUACGAUGAUGCUGAGACAGCCAAGCAUUUUGAUCUAAAGGCCUGGGUUUGUGUAUCAGAUCAGUUUGAUGCAGUGAGAAUAACCAAGACAGUCCUCAACUCGGUCAGUACUUCUCAGAGCAAUACUGAUUCACUAGACUUCCAUCAAAUUCAAGAUAAAUUGGGGGAGGAAUUGAAGGGAAAAAAAUUUCUUCUGGUUCUCGAUGAUAUGUGGAAUGACAACUAUGAUGAUUGGCGUUGCUUACAGUCUCCCUUUUUGUCGGGUUCAAGAGGCAGCAAAAUCAUAGUCACGACACGGAGUAAGAACGUCGCAAAUAUAAUGGAAGGAGAUAAGAACUUGCACGAGCUACAAAAUUUAUCAGAUGAUGAGUGUUGGUCGGUGUUCAAGAAACAUGCAUUUGGAAAUAGCAGCAUUGAUGAGCAUUCAAAUUUGGCAUUGAUCGGCAAGGAAAUUGUGAAAAAGUGUGGAGGCUUGCCUUUGGCGGCAACAGCACUCGGUGGUCUUCUACGCCAUGAACAGAGAGAAGAUAAGUGGAAUGUUAUUUUGACUAGCAAAAUAUGGGAUUUACCGAGUGAUAAAUGCGGCAUUCUUCCUGCAUUGCGAUUAAGUUAUAAUCACCUCCCUUCUCCUCUCAAGAGAUGUUUCAGUUAUUGUGCAAUAUUUCCAAAAGACUAUGAAUUUGAUAAGAGAGAACUGAUUCGCUUAUGGAUGGCAGAGAGUCUAAUUCAACGCUCAGAAUGUUAUGGACAACAAAUCGAAAUUGAAGAUUUAGGCGAUGACUACUUCCAGGAAUUGCUGUCUCGAUCAUUUUUUCAACCAUCAAGUAGCAAUAAAUCCAAAUUCGUGAUGCAUGAUCUCGUUAACGAUUUAGCAAAAUUUGUUGGUGGAGAAAUAUGUUUUUCUUUGGAAGAGAAUUUGGAAGGUAAUCAGCAGCAAACUAUUUCUAAAAUGGCUCGUCAUUCAUCAUUCAUUCGUGGCCGAUACGAUGUCUUCAAAAAGUUUGAAGCCUUUUAUGGGAUGGAAAAUUUGCGUACAUUUAUUGCAUUACCAAUCGAUGUAUUAUGGGAUUAUAAUUGGUUAAGUAACAAGGUACUUGAGGAAUUGAUGCCCAAGCUACGACGCCUAAGGGUGCUUUCAUUGAGUGGUUAUCGGAUAAGUGAGAUACCAAGUUCAGUUGGUGAUUUGAAACACCUUAGGUAUCUUAAUUUAUCCAACACAGAAGUCAAACGAUUACCUGAUUCACUAGGUAACCUCCAUAACUUAGAGACAUUAAUAUUAUCAAAUUGUUGGAAGCUUAUUAGGUUGCCUUUGAGCAUUGCAAACCUAAAUAAUCUUCGACACCUUGAUGUGACCAAUACAAAUCUAGAGGAAAUGUCUCCACAAAUUUGCAAAUUAAAAAGCUUGCAAGUAUUGUCUAAUUUUAUUGUGGGUAAAGGCAAUGGUUUGAACGUAAAGGAGUUAAGGAAUAUGCCCCAUCUUCAAGGGAGACUUUGCAUUUCAAAGUUGGAAAAUGUAGCAAAUGUUCAAGAUGCAAGAGAUGCUAGUCUAAACAAGAAGCAGAAGCUUGAAAAAUUGACGAUAGAGUGGAGUGAUGGGUUGGAUGAUUCACACAAUGCAAGGAAUCAAAUAGAUGUACUUGACUCUUUACAGCCACACUUCAAUUUGAACAAACUAAAAAUUGAGUAUUAUGGUGGUCCAGAAUUUCCCCGUUGGAUAGGAGAUGUUUCAUUCUCUAUGAUGGUGAAAGUAAAUCUGGUGAAUUGCAGAAAUUGCACAUCUUUACCGUGUUUGGGGUGGUUACCCAUGCUCAAACACGUAAGGAUUGAAGGGUUGAAUGAAGUUAAAAUUGUGGGUAGAGAGUUUUAUGGAGAGACUUGUCUUCCCAAUAAGCCUUUCCCGUCCUUAGAGUUUCUAUCUUUUUCGGGUAUGUCACAAUGGGAAGAUUGGGAGAGUCCAACUUUAUCAGAGCCAUAUCCUUGUCUCCUUCACCUUAAAAUCGUAAAUUGCCCCAAAUUAAUCAAGAAGUUACCCACUAACCUACCGUCCCUUGUACAUCUCUCCAUUGAUACAUGCCCACAGUUGGUGUCUCCACUUGAAAGGCUUCCAUCUCUUUCUGAAUUAAGCGUACAACAUUGCAAUGAGGCGGUACUAAGGAGUGGAUUGGAAUUACCUUCACUCACCGAGUUAAGAAUUGAAAGAAUUGUAGGGCUCACCAGAUUACAUGAAGGGUGUAUGCAAUUGUUGUCGGGGCUUCAAGUUUUACACAUUGAUGAAUGUGAUGAAUUGACGUGUUUGUGGGAAAAUGGAUUUGAUAUUCAGCAGUUGCAAACUAGCAGUUCUCCCGAGCUUGUAUCCUUGGGAGAGAAGGAAAAGCACGAGCUGCCUAGCAAGCUUCAAUCUUUGACAAUUAGGCGGUGUAUUAACCUAGAGAAGCUUCCAAAUGGACUGCACAGGCUAACAUGUCUUGGAGAGUUGGAAAUCUAUGAUUGUCCAAAGCUGGUGUCAUUUCCAGAGUUGGGGUUCCCGCCCAUGCUUAGGCGUCUUGCUAUUGCCAGAUGUGAAGGUCUACGAUGUCUACCUGAUUGGAUGAUGGUGAUGAAGGAUGGUAGUAAUAACGGUAGCGACGUGUGUCUCCUUGAAUACUUGGAGAUAGCUUCGUGUCCAUCUCUCAUUGGUUUUCCAGAAGGUGAGUUACCCACCACGCUCAAGGAACUCAGCAUACGGAGGUGUGAAAAGCUAGACUCUCUACCGGGGGGAAUGAUGCACCAUGAUUCCAACACCACCACCGCCACCAGUGGUGCUCUUCAUGUCUUGGACAUUUGGGAUUGUCCAUCUCUCACAUUCUUCCCCACAGUGACCAUUGAAGUUGAAGAGGUGAUAUGUGAUACUUACAACGAUAAAAAGGAUAAGAGAGGAUCCAUUUAUGCCAUUCAAGGGCAGGUGGAAUAUUUAGCAAUAGCCACUGAGUUCAGGCUGACAUACAGAAGAGGCAAAUGCAGUUUAUUAAAGUUCAAUUGCUAUGGUUCUCAAAGAGGAUGGAACUCUAGGUAUUAUAUCAAAGACUUUAAAGUAUGGAGUGAAUGCAGCUAGUUCCAGUUGUCCCCCUGUUGCUCUUUUUUUAUUUUUUUUGAGUGUCAACAGGGGACAAAGAAUAACCCAGCAAGACUACAGUGUCAAAAGGAUGGGUCCAAAGUAUCACAGGAGGUCAUGUGGUCUUGUCAUUGUGCUGACUGAUUGGAAUGUUCAUCCUAUAUCAAAGGCUCAUUGGCACUUUCUUACUAUUUUUUAGUACGACAAAAAGAGGAUAAAAUACAAUCUAGCAAAAUUGUGAUUCUUCAGUGCUUUACAGAGGUCCUCUGAAUCAAGAUUUCAUUUGCAUCUUUAAUAAAUAAGAACCUCUUUUCUUGCCCUCUUGGGGAAGCCGCUCAUAAGGUUGUAUGAUCUUUUAUUUCCUUUGAAAGUUGGGAACCAUUCAGUGCAUGAAACUUGUCUUUCACAAGAACUGGUUUUCAAUUUAUCCCAAGUGGUCUCUUCUCUGUGACUGCGAUAGCCCAGAACUACCUAAUGGAAUUAUCACAUAGCAACAACAGCAGCUUGUAUCUAUUCUAAUAUAUCCCACUUGGUUUCCAAAAUGUGAGCUACUGUCAUAUUUACAUAUGCCUAGUUGUACAAAUUUGAGCAGAAACAAAAUGGUUUUGCUUUAGUUUCUUAAAUUUUUAAUUUGAUGAAACCAUAUCUCUUCUUUUGGAGUUUGCAGGCUUAAAAGGUGCAUGUCCCAGGUGUCAGAGUAUAAGUAUUUUUCUUCUUGUGGAAGGGAAUUCAGGUUUUAUAUUUGGAGGCUCCAUGUCUAUAGUGACUGUGGCAAAUUCCAAUUGGCACUUCUUGUUUUUGUUUCUAUUGAUGUUAAGAGUGUAGAAAGAGGAUAAACAACAGCUUAGCAAGAUCAUGGUGUUCCCUAAGCACUACAGAGAGGAUUUUGGCACCAAUCCUUGGACACUGCUUAGUUCACCUGUCUUCAGUAGACAUGAAGCUAUUUUUUGUGCUAUCUUGGAGAAGCUGCCAGUAAGACUGAAUAGUCACACAUCUCUUGGAGAGUCGAGAAUCACACAUUUCUUUAGGUUCCUUCUGAGGAUCGGUUUGUCAUCCAUGUUAUAAAGUCUUGAGCUCAGUUGUUCUGAUGGUUUGAAAUUGCUCUCUGAUGGAAGUAUCACCUAUAUAAAGAACAGUGGAUGCGCAAUGCUGAUCCAGCUUUUCUCCUUUUGGAUGUCUUUUUAACCAUUGUUAGGAUUCAUUAAAAUGAGCUUUAUCAUACAGAUUUUUUUCAGGUUGAAAGAGACACAAUUAAGUAUCAUUCAACAGUGAUCAUUAUGCAAGAAGGCCAUAAAUUGAAUCUGAUAAGAUGGAAAAUGUGUUUCAGGACAAUUUUAUGUUCGUGCAUUAUAAGGGAAUCCAGUUAAUGAGAUUUUGCCGACAAAAAACCAGAGACUCUGUGUCUUCUGUUUCACUUAUGAUACUAUCGUUGAUUGGUGAACUGGGAAUGUCAUCAAGAACUUUGGAGCUUGACCAUCUAGCCUUUUUCAAUUCCUUAGAGAUUGGAGAAUAGAUUGCAACACGGUCUCAAAAUUUCGGAACAUCGGCAUCAACACCUUUCUGGGCCUCAGAUUUCUAAAUGGAAUGAUGCAAGGCAUCCACACAUUCUCAUAAUUCUUUGAGAUUUCUAAAUGUGAUCUUAGUGUCUUAAUGAGAGGCCAACUUUCUUCAAUGUUGCUAAAAAUUGCAGUCUGUAUAUAUUGGAUGGGCAUCAUUCCAUGGGCAAGAAAUAAUAGGUUUUGCCAUAUGGGGAGACGAUUUACAACUGCUGUGCCUCUUGAUUUACCCUCAAGCAUCUAGCCUCGCGUCAAGUAUUUGGAAUUAUCUAGCUGAUCACCAGACUACCUUCAACUGACCUCAGGGACUUCGUACGAAGUAGACUCAAUGCAAGUGAUUCAGAGUCACCCCUACCUAAUCCAUCUCCGUGUAUCUGAGAAAACGAGGUCCAUCAGAUGUUAUGGCCAUUAUCUCAUGGCAGUGGAUGUUUUGAACCAGAGUCUAAAACGAAGUCAUCACUGGAUGUUAAGGUCAUUAUCCCAUUGCAGGGAAUGUUUUGAACCAGAGUUUAAAACCAAGUCAUUGACAAAGGCCACAGUGAUGUCAUUGAUUUUAUUCUAAACCCAUCAAAAACAACAUGAGAUUCACUUUGAUUUCCAGUUAUGCAAGAUCUAUUUGAGCUCAAUUGUUUUGAAACUUGAUUCAUGAAUACCAUGCUGACAUUCAGUUCA